GCACAUGCGCAGUGUUCGAGCACAAAGCCGAUCGUGAGUGAAGAAUAUCAAGAAGAGAGAAUGUAAUAACCAAGUCCAAGCAGAAGGUUCAGGAAAUUUACUGUUUUCGUUUUGUCUAUCACCUUUUAAAAGUGCUAGGGCUUCAUUUGGUAUUAUUGUGAAAUUAUGAUCAAACAACAUGCCGCAGUAUAAACCUCUUUUUAAUCAGAGAAGUGAUGAUGAUGAAUUUGGUUCUGGAGCUGGAGGUAGCGGACCAGCACUCCCGAUACCGGGUGGUCCAGCCUUUACUCGCGGGAACGUUUCCCGUACUGGUGCGGCUGAGUAUACGCUGUACAAAAGAAGGUGGCUUGUUGUUGCAGUCCUCGCCUUUGUGAACAUUUCAAGCGCCCUGACAUGGAUUACCUUUGCCCCGAUCGCUAAUUACGCUGCUGUGUACCUCAAUACAACAGAUGCCAAUGUCAACUGGCUGUCGACUGUCUACAUGGUCACCACUCCAUUUGGAUUUGUUGCUGUGUGGUUAUUAGACAGCUAUGGUCUUGCACCAGUCAUCAUCCUUGGUGCCUGUUGUAACACUGUUGGCAUCGUCAUCCGCUAUGUAUCAGUAUUCAGCUUCUUCAGUAACUAUCGAUACCUUGUCGUUAUGGUAGGCCAGGGCCUGGCAUCGUUGGCCCAACCUUGUUUCCUUUUCACCCCCACCAAGGUGGCAGCUGUCUGGUUCCCAGAGGGCCAGAGGACCACCGCCAACACCGUAGGAUCUACGUCCAACCCCCUGGGAAUCCUCAUCGGCAUGCUCCUCUCAUCAAUGCUUGUCAAGGAGCCGGAUGACUUGAAGUUUUUGUUGAUGGUAUACAUGAUACCUGGUAUUGUAAGUGGGGUGCUAGCAGUGGUUGUCAUGUGCUACUGUAAGAAUGCCCCGCCCACCCCGCCCAGUGCAAGUGCAGCGUCCCACCAUUCAUCUUUCUUCUCGGGUCUAAAACAGAUCAUAUGUGUCAAAGCAUUCUGGGUCCUAUUUAUUGUCUUUGGUGCUGGACUAGCAGUUUUUAACUCCAUCAUAACUAUUAUAGAGGAGGUUUUAUGCCCCAUUGGCUACAGUGAUAAUUUCUCAGGCAUAUGCGGCGCUGUCCUCAUAGGCAGUGGCAUCGUGGGAGCAUUUGUAUCCGGGGUAUACGUUGAUAGGACAAAGAAGUUUGCUCUCGUUGCUAAGGUCUCCUUUUCCCUCUGUGCUGUGUGUAUAGUAGCUCUAUCAGUGGUAACAAGAUAUCCCAAUAUACCUGCAGCUAUUGUUGGUGUGUGUGGAGUUUUAGGCUUCUUUGGUUUUGCCCAGUUCCCAGUCUCCUUAGAACUAGGCGUAGAAGCGACAUAUCCGGUGUCUGAGGGUACAAGUGCAGGGUUCCUCAUCAUGUCUGGUCAGGUUCAAGGUUUCCUGCUCAUGUUAUCUGCUGAAUGGUUAGCCAGACCUCUGACAUCCCAAGAACAACUCUCAAACUCCUGCAAGGUGCCAUCUACAGUGCCUUCUGCCACCGUGGCGUCUCUGUUCCAAGAUGAUUCAGGAAUAAUGGAGGACCUACAUGCUGGCGAUGCAGUAUCACAAGACAUGACUGUGACAAUGCUGUUUUAUGCUGGCUACGCCUCCCUCGCUGCCAUCAUCUACGUCCUCGGAUUCCACACCAGGUACAAGCGCUUGCGUUCUGAGCAUUGCAACGCUGCGGACGCCAUCCUCAACUUCAGCAGACAACAUUCCGGCAGCAACACGCAGAACGUGAUUUACUGAACAACUCAAGAACAUUUUUCCUAGACGAGCCCUGUAUGCUGAGUACUACUGCAUUCUGUCCUUACCAUCUUGGGUAGCGCUCCUGGGGCCCGUUGCAGAAAGAGUUGCGUUUAAACGCAAGUCAAAAAAUCAAUCGCAAGUCCCAAAUGCGUGCUGUUGAUUGGUUGAAUAUCAAGUUGCGCAUGAUUUUUUAGAGUUGCGAUUGAUUGCAACUCUUUCUGCAACGGGCCCCUGAAGCACCUUGUAAAGGCCACCGCACACCUUACGCCUGGUCCACGAUCAGACUUUGGAACUAACUGCAUUUUGCUCAUUUUCUGAGAAUGUGAAUGUAAAGUAUCUUUUUAUUUUUAGGUUCAAAUCAUAGCCAAUCGUAUGAUUGCUAUGACGAUAUUACGACUAGACAUUAAAUUUGCUUUUAUUCUAAUAAGGAUGAUAGCAUAGUAAAAGAUUCUAUCAUAGGUAUUCGUACAAUGAUUUAGAACAUUACGCAGUAAGAUAUUCCAUGUCUCAAUAUGAGCAUCAAUUUCUACUACGUUUUUUUCUCCAAAAUCGGGUCACAGACCAAUCUUAAGGUGUGCUGCGGCCUUUAGUGAUUUCACUGCUCUGAGCCAAUGAGAUGCAAGGAUUCAGUAGCUUGUAACAAGUAGUCGGUGAAAAUCUCUAUUUGUUUCAUAAAAUGCCCCCCGGAUGUAUUUACACCUGUGUAAUUUGGGAAAAUACCUGAUAUUUUCUGAUUUGGUAUUCUACCCUCAGAAUGGAUGUUUUCUUGCUCUAUGCCAUGGGAAUAGAAAUGUCUUGUGUGCUCAUUACAUAUGGCAACUUUUCCUGGUUCAAAUUGAUAUGAAUGUGUGAUAAUUCAAGGUAUUUUUCAUGAUCGCAGAAGUCUGAAUAUGGCCAUUGAGGGCUUUGUGAAACUUGCUAGAUUUGAGUUCACAAGGUCAAAGGUCAAGGUCACAGUAAUCCUUACAUACAUGGAGAUUUGAUUCUCCAUACAAAUAACUUUUGAAGUAUGACAAUCAUCUUUAAAACUUAGCAGUGGCAACCAUGAUGAGCCACUUUUAUUUUGGGGUAGCAAGGCAAGAGGUCAUCUUAUUCAUGAAAACGACUUAAUGAAAGACAUUUUGAUAAUCACAUUUCAAUCCUCGUACCUAUGCAUGUACAUCUACGGGUAAGAAAUUAUCUGAUUAACUCUCUAUGCACAGCCCAAUUUGAGCAACAUUUAUCAGAUUCUCUCUUUAACUAGAAGGUGGUAACAAAUAACCUGGGUCCCAUUUCAUACAGACUUCCGCCCUUUUCACACGGUAAAAAAAAAUCGUAAUUUGAAUGAUGAUUCCAGUGAUAAAUAAGGCUGAUUACGAAUAUUUUGCACGUGUGAAACCAAACUAGAACAUGAUAAGAAUCACGAACGCUAAUCACAGUCAUGAUUACAAUUAUAGUAAUCAUCAUUACAAUGAUGAUUCAAGAUUCACGUGUGAAAAGGUCCUUGUAGUGACAAAUGCUUUAUCAGCUAUCAGUCAAUAAUAUUUAAUGAUUUCAUUAGCUUUUAACUUUUUACUUCAAACUUGAUUUUAUUGCAAGAUUUAUGAAAUGGGUCCCAGAACAUCUUGAAGGAAACAUGUGAGUAGCAUAGUUGGUGGUUGGGGAGAGGGGGGUGUUAUGAGCUUGUAAUUUAUUAUUACUUUUAGUGUUUUCUACAUACACUGUAUAUGAUACUUGUUUAUCUAAACAUCAAAAUGUGGAUAAUCCUUGCCCCACCCCUUCAAUGUGAAGUGCAGAGCUCUACUUUCUCUCUGCUUCUUUGACCUUGAGAUGGACACCAUAGAACAAGCAUGGAGACAAGAUCUGAGGCCCCGUUUCAUAAAACUUGUUAUCACAACAAAUUUGCAAUAACAAUUUUGCAAUAACAAUUAAAAGCUACUGAAAUUCAUCAAUGUGAUUGGCUUGUGUAAAGUUGUUAAAUAGAAAUUGUGCAUUUGUCAAUAUAUAUCAAUGUAAUAUGUCUGUAAGAAACGGGGCCCUGGGGGUCCGUUUCAAUAAACUUGUUGUAAGAACAAAUUUGCAAUAGCAGUUCAAAUCUACUUAAUCCUUCAAUUUGAUUGGCUGAUAAUGCAUUUGUUAGUAUAAUACAGUGUAAGUCUUUAAGAAAAAGGAUCCUGGGGUCCAUAUCAUAACACUUGUAAUAAAAAAUCACAAUAGCAAUUAAAUCAACUGAAAUCGGCCAAUUUGAUUGGCCGAUAGCACAUUUGUUAUAGAAAUCAUGCUUUUUUUUUAAAACAAGUCUUCAUGAAACUAUACCAUCUUCCCACCAAAAGCGGUGGCCGGCUAGUGUCGAUCUUAUGUCUCAUAUGUUGUCGGUGAUAUUUGUCAGGUGGUUAUAUAUGCAGUGCGUCCCUCAAAACAGGAAACCCGUUUUCAGAGACAUAUUUCUCAAUUAUUGAAUAUGUUUUUACUAUAAAUUUAGUAUUUAUAGUAAGAGUGGAAUCUCUUCUUUAAUAUGAGACCAACAUCUUUGGAAAUUACUCGUGCAUGGCAGAUUAAAAGCAAUAAAUAUUGAGGCAUGUCAGGAAUGAUUUGCGCAGAAACUCACAUGUGAAUCUGAAUCCAUUCUCGUUUCAGGGAUUGGUGAGGAAAACUAAACACAGACUAC